AUGAAUACAAGUGCCAAACGGACGAUCAGGGCUACUCUUACUGGUCUUCGUGCCGGCGUUACAUAUGAAUACAAGUGCCAAACGGACGAUAACUGGUCGGAUGUGUUCACAUUUAAAGCCCUGAGCGUUGAGGCCGACACUCCGCUAAGAGUUGCCAUUUUUGGUGAUUUGGGUCUCGAGAACGGAGUGUCAACGCCUCAGCUCAAGAAGGAUGUGAAGAAAGGCCUCUACGACACCAUCUUUCACAUCGGUGAUAUCGCAUACAAUUUAAACAAAGAUGGCGGCAAAGUUGGCGACGAUUUUAUGAAUGAGAUUCAAUCAAUCGCCGCAAGCCUUCCCUAUCAGGUGUGUCCGGGAAAUCAUGAAGAUAAAAGACCCAUGUAUUGCGUUAAGGAUAAUGACGAGGAUUGCUUUGAACACGAGUCCAUUCUUCGUCGGGGCAGAAGUGGUGAUGAUUUACAUCUUAAAACCCAUUAUGGUUUAGAAGACCUCUUCUAUAAACAUGGAGUGGAUAUACAAUUCUAUGCACACAAACACAUAUACGAGAGAUCGUAUCCCAUCAACGAUGGAAAGCCAUUCAAAGGCACCGAUGUCUACAAUAACCCGAAGGCACCCAUUCAUGUGAUUACCGGCGUUGGGGGAACUACAGACAGACCCGAUAAGUCCUAUGUUUACGGGCUAACCCGGCGCAAAAUACGGGCUCUGAUGCCGAUGUGUGCUUACUGA